AUGCAUGAAGGAAUCGCACAAAUGCACGUCCACAAUGGCACUCCGAUCUCCUCAACGCCCUCGCCAGGCCUACGCUUCCUGAAAGCCUACACAGCAGCCAUCGACUCAACGUCAGAAAAUCCAAGCUCUUCAUUAUCAAAGUUUCUGACCCCAGAGUCCAAGUUCAUCUACAACGGACAACCUGCCAUAUCGGCUGGGCGACUACUUGUCAUGUUGCAAGUGCGCAACUCCAAACUAUCCAAGUAUAUUCAUCAUGUCAAUAAAUCGUGGGAACUUGUUACGGAUUCAGAUGACGGCGCCAAGUCGACGACAGUUAUGUAUGAGUCGACGGUUGAGUUGGCGUUUAAAGGGGAUGAAGGGAAUGUGAUUCGGGUUCCGCAGUUUACGAUAUUAGAGCUGCAGUAUUGUGAAGUUGAUAAUUUGCUCAAGGUGGUGGAGUCGAGAGUCUAUACGGAUCGCUCGUCUGUUCGUGGGUAG